CAGGCUUGUCCCCUCUUACUAUAACUGACAGAUUGAGAGUUACCAUAUUGCACCACCAACAAAUUAAUAAAUAGCUGCAUGUUUGCCACCUUUUCCUGUAUAGCCGAUACUGAAGCUUCCGCCGAACAGAUACUGUAUUCUGCAGAUAAAGGGGAUACUGUAGCGCACUGGGCAUCAAUAUAUACAUUGUACAUAUUUAAGCAACAGCGUUUGCAAUACGACAGGAACAGAUAAUUUGAUUGAAUAUGCGGAAACAUAAGGUUCCUAAGUGAUAUGAACUUGAGAUGAAAUGACCUUGUAUAAGGACCUGGUAUAGCUGUCAGUAGUGAGGGAUGACGGGACGGGGCCGGGAUUUAGUAGCGGGACUUCACAAGGUUCUUCACUUCUUGUAGUCUAUGUCCUGUCUGACAUGGCCAAGGUAGCGCAUUGGCAGGUGACACAACCAACUUGUUUUGACCAGUUCUGUUUGGUUUUGUGGUGAUUGCCGGUCCGUUGUCUUUACUAUUUAUGUGUAAUUAUGGAAAGUAAAACUUGAUUUUGCCUGAUGUUCAAGAAAUGGACCCUUAACAUCUCCUAAUGACCUAGGAAAACGGUAUCCGUAUGAUGAAACUGGGGAGGUUUGUGUUGACGGUGGUUGUGAUUAUAAGCUUUUCCUUGAACAUUCUGUUCUAUUCAGUUGGAAGAACAAGAAAAUUACCGUUGUCCAAUCGAACAUCGGACAAUUGGAACAGCCGGAAUCUCCGAGGAAACCUGACGGAACAAAAGUUUGAUACCGCUGCCGAGUUUCCCGUCAACCACCCCAAUGUAUGCAGAGGGGAUGUGGAUUUAGUAGUUGUCGUCUGCUCUGGGUUGGGAAAUUUCAAAGCUCGGGAACAUGUCCGAAAGUCCUGGGGACUUUAUUCAAAACAGGAGAUUUACAAAACUCGACUUGUUUUUCUCGUCGGUACGAGUGACAAAGCUAAUUUGGAACAAGUGUUACAAGAGAACAGAGUCCAUGGCGAUAUCAUAGUCGGAAACUUCAUCGAUACAUACAGAAACUUAACUCUAAAGUCCAUCUCUGUCCUGAAGUGGAUGAGCAGUUUCUGUGGAAACGCAAAAUACGGACUAAAAGCAGACGACGACGUGUUUGUGAACAUUCCUAACUUAAUCUCUGCAAUGAGCUCAAAACGGCAAACUAUGGAAAAGUUUAUCAUUGGAAGCAAGCAAAUCGGCGCAAAACCUAUACAGGACAAAAACUCGAAAUGGUACACCCCAAAAGAGGAUUUCGGCGAGCGGGAGUACCCGCCUUACGUAUCUGGAACUGCUUAUGCAUUCACAAUACCGGCGGCCAAAGCUCUGUAUAGGGUCAGAGGGAGGGUGAAAGCUUUCUGGUUGGAGGAUAUAUACAUUACAGGGCUGUGUGCGAGGGCCGCGGGAAUUCCACGAUAUGACCACGCGGGAUUCACUUUCCAAAGAAGGAAACCCACCGGGUGUGCCUUUAGACGCCACAUAUCGGGGCACUAUGUUACAGGGGAACAAAUGGUGAAGAUCUACAACGAACUCUUACAGAGUGAUUUAAAAUGUGAUUAAGUUCUGCAGCUCAAGAGUUUGAUAAGACUCACUAGAACACAUUCCACUAGCUUCUUUGCAUUCUUUCAUCAUCACAGAUAUCGCCUCGCUUGUAACAGUCUCUAAUCCCAUGCAUUUGGACCAUUGCCUUGUUUUUCAAGAAUCUAAUACUGGUGAGAAAAUCCGGGAUAAUGUGAGCUAGCAAGACGCGCUGACCCACACACAAAGAUUCUUAUCUUGGCCUAGGAAUUCGUUCCGUUGGGAACUUUUGAACCGCAAAUAGAUCAAGUUGACUUGGUGCUACAUCAAGAGGAGAGUAGUUAUUGCUGUGAUAAGGAGUAAAGCCCAUCAUCUCAUGUUUUCUACAAUGCCCUUGUGUAUUCCGUUUCUAGAUUGAUUACCUAGUUUUAUUACAGAUAUAUUUUAGAUUUAAUACGAGUCUGUGAUAUCAAGUUAUUUUCUUUGUUCAGAUUACAAUAAAUCUUUAUACAAUAUGA